CUUCCCUCCCCUCCACUUGCAUCCCAAAUUAACCAAUAAUUUUUUAGUUAAACAAUGUCCAUGGCCAUCAUUAACACUUUUGGAAACGUUGGUGUCUACUAUAUUGUAUUAUUAUUAUCAUGGUUUCUCGUAUCUGGUGUGUGUGUUUGGGGACGACCCGCCACUUUUCUGCAAGACUUUGAAAUCACGUGGUCAGAGACUCAUAUCAGGCAAAUUGAUCAAGGCAGAGCCAUCCAACUCAUUCUAGACCAAAACUCUGGUUGUGGCUUUGCCUCCAAGAGUAAGUACAUGUUUGGCCGUGUUAGCAUGAAGAUCAAGCUCAUUCCGGGAGACUCUGCUGGCACUGUCACUGCAUUUUAUAUGAAUUCUGACACCGACACUGUACGUGAUGAGCUGGAUUUUGAGUUCUUGGGGAACCGUAGUGGCCAGCCUUACACAGUUCAGACAAACAUCUAUGCUCACGGAAAAGGAGAUAGAGAACAAAGGGUCAACCUCUGGUUUGACCCUUCUGCGGAUUUUCACACUUAUACUAUUAUGUGGAAUCAUCAUCAUAUCGUGUUCUACGUUGAUGAUUUUCCCAUUAGAGUGUACAAGAACAGUGAGGGAAAGGGAAUCCCAUACCCAACAAUGCAAGCAAUGGGAGUGUAUUCAACAUUGUGGGAGGCUGAUAAUUGGGCAACAAGAGGGGGGUUGGAGAAAAUUGAUUGGAGUAAGGCACCUUUUUAUGCAUAUUACAAGGACUUUGACAUUGAAGGGUGCCCAGUGCCAGGACCUGCCAACUGUGCCUCUAACCAAAGUAAUUGGUGGGAAGGGGCUGCAUACCAAGCUCUUAAUGCCAUUGAAGCCCGAAGGUACAGGUGGGUUCGUCUCAACCAUAUCAUCUAUGAUUACUGCCAAGAUAAGUCAAGGUUCUCAGUGACCCCACCAGAGUGCCUUGCCGGCAUUUAAACCCUUAAUUUCAAGUCACUUCAAUUAUUCAAGUACAGGCAUAUCAUACCCCUAUAUAUAAUUUACAUUCUCCACUGUUCAAAUACAUCAUACUAUAUAUACUACAACUGAGUUAAUUUCAGUUUAUCCCAUGGGGUACGCCUCUUCAAUUAUUUCAUGUCUUUCAUAUAAACACGUGAAAUAAAAUGCACAUCAAUAACUUAAGACUAGGGGUAAAUUAUUGUGUCCCCAUACCAUACCACAUGGAUCAAUUGAAAUUAACAUUUUUUUUGUUUGGUUUUGGGGAAGAGGGCAAAUGAUUAUAGUGUAUGUAGGGCGUGGGCUAUGUUCGACCAGAAGAGGAUAAGUCAAAAGCUAUUUCUGGGUCUACUAUGCCUUUGUAUUAAAGUGCGCAUUGUUUGUGGUGCAAUAAAGCUUGCGCAUUAUUGUGAAUUUGUGAUGAUUCAUGAAGGAUAUUUUUGGGCUUGUGAUGUAGCAAAUCUCAUUGUUUGUGCAAUGACUACCUCUGUUUCUGUAUAAGCUAAGGACAACAUAUGAUUGGUCAAGAACAUUACAUGACCUGUCAACCGUCAUGAAGCUGGUCCUCGCUACUUGAC